AUCUGGCAAACGCCGCAUGUGCGAGGGCAUGUGUUUCAGCCUGCCUACACCUGAGGACCCCUUCAAUGAGAGGAAUGGUAAACCAAAUCCUCUGACGAUAAGGAAGCUGGUGAAAUCCAAGAAAGAUAAUAAAGUUGACAAGAAAACGGUUGCAACAGAUAACAAGACUGAGAAUUUACGGAUUGAACUAUUAGGAAAAGGAAAAAAUCCCAAAAAUGAUGUACACCGACCUACAAGAAAUGGAAUUACAGAUGAUGCUGAAGACAUGGAUGUUUUUGAAAAAAAUGCUGACCGUCCAUCAAAGUUCUUGAUGCUAUGCUUGAGCACAAUCCAGGAUGCUCUGUCACAUGAUGGAGCCUUCAAUGACAAGGGAGGCAAGCCUUUUUUUGCGCAUUCAUGGGGGAUUGAGUUUUGGAAGCACUACAUGAGUGGAAAAGAUAUUAUGGCUACAAAUCAAUCUCAUUCUCAUGUUGAUCAAAUUGCGUGGAUAGCAUCUACUGCUGCUGAUAGUAUAGCAAAAAAGAAGAAAGGGCUAUCAUUGAGGAGCCCCUUCCUUCUGUAUCUUGUUCCCUCUCGAGAGAAAGCUGUUGAGGUGCGCCAACUUUUCAAGACCUUGAAAACACUUGGAAUUCAUACAAUCAGUUUGCACGCGGGUGCGUCCCUGGAACAUCAAUGUCAGGGGCUGAAGAGUUGUGACCCAGAGUUUCUUGUUGCCACACCUGAGAGACUUCAAGAGCUCAUCUCACGCAAAGCAAUUGACAUCUCUGAGGUUUCUCUAAUGGUUGUUGAUGGACCAGAUUAUGAGGUUGACAGUAUUGCUGCAAUUAAAAAAAUUAAGCAGUUCAUUUCUGGGAGGUCACAAACAGUCGUUUUCUGCGAUACCUCAAAUAAUCCUUACUUUUCAGUUCUACAGAAGCUUUUGCAGGACUCAUUCUGCAAAAUACCCUGGUUGCAUGAAAUGUGAAUUUUCCCAUAUGUAUAGCCUUCUUAACAACUUCUGUUUGGUUCAGGACAGAGGACACAACUUACAGUCUGUUACACUUUUCCGUUUCAUUCUACUUUUGCUUGUUUGACCUUCCAAAGGAUUGUAAUGAUUAUCAAGGUGAUCAAUGAAAUGAAUGAAUUCUCUAAAUGUAGUAAUGUGCCAUUUUCUGGUAUGCUAAAGCUGCUAUUAAACUUUAAAUGACCUUUGGCUACAAAUGUUCUUAUGUUAUGUUUUCUGAUUGUGUUUUCUUAAAAUAGUU